AGACCAGAAGACGCAUACAUGCAUAAAUCAUAAAUCGUCAUUACAUCAGUAAUAUUUUGGUAAAAACUUCCCAAGUAUGGAUGCAGUUCACAAAGCUAAAAUACGGCUUAGAAAAUACCCCAUGCUGUUAGCUCAGUGUCGUGAUUCUGCAUCAGCCUACGCAACUUGUGUGAUAAACAAAGAAAACAUUAGUAAAAGUGAUUGUCAAGCUGAAUUCGAUAGGUUCAAAAAAUGCCUGAUCAAAGCUGCCGCUGCAUCCAAUACUAAGUUAUGAAGAAGAAUACAAUGCUGUGUUUUUCUAUAUCCUAUAAACCACCAUGUAUAUCGUAAUCGAUACAAAUAGGAAUAAUGUGUAGUCCAACAUCAAUGUUGAAUACAUAAAACGUUAGCUCAGA